GACCCAUUUAGCGCUUCUGUAGUAUUCGGUGUUGGAAGAAGAAGGAUGCCUUCAUCCCAGUUGGUUCAUAUCCUCGUGGCAGCAGCUGCUCUGCUUUUACCCGGUGAUGCUCAGCAAACAUGUCCACAACUUAUAGGUCCUCCAGGUCCUCCUGGACACCCUGGUCUGCAAGGGUUAAAGGGCAGACAAGGCGAGAAGGGAGAUCAUGGGAUACCAGGUCUGUCUGCAUCAGAGGAUCCUAAACUGCAAGGUGACCUUAAGGAAAUCAAAUACAGAAUCACCAUCAUAGAAAGAGCCUUAGCUUUGAGUGGAAAGAUUGUAACAGUUGGCAGUAAAGUGUUUGCCAGCACUGAAAAAACAGCUGAUUUUAACAAUUCAGUAAGAAUCUGCAAAGCAGCCCAUGGCACCAUUGCUUCUCCGACAAACAAGAAGGAAAAUGAUGCUAUUAUGAGCUUUGUUAAAUCCUUUAACACAUAUGCUUACCUGGGCAUUACUGAGGGGCAUGUUCCUGGGGAAUUUCAGUACCUGAACGGGAAGCCCCUGAAUUAUACGAACUGGUAUGAAAAUGAGCCCACAGGGAAAGGGGCAGAAAAAUGUGUUGAAAUGUACACUGAUGGCACCUGGAAUGAUAAACGGUGCGAUGUGUACCGCCUCACUGUCUGCGAGUUUUAAACUGAGCUGUCAUAGAUCUGAAUAAAGGGUGUUGGGUGUGGGGCUUUUUAAGGUUCUAUGUAAUUGUGGGUUAUAGCAACUAAUCAGAUAUGUAACUUGAUAAGUCUGUGAUUUUUUUUUUUUCUGCGUUCAAGAAGGGAAAUCAAUAAAAGCACAAUGCAUUGCU